AUGUCCGCAUCAACAGGCUCAGCAGCUACUACCACUCCAGCCUCCGGAUCCGCCAAUGUCUCCAACACAGCAGCGGGGACAUCGGGGGUCGCACCUGGGAUCGGGGCGUCGGGGGGAACAAGUGUCUCCGGACAGGUAGAGAUCGGAGAUAAAGUCAAGGGAGGUCUAGGGGUCAUCCACGGCGCCGGUGAAGCUCUCCGAGGAGGAAUCAACAAGUUUCUCGAUGAUGCCGGCGAAGGAAUAGCCGGGCGAAGCGGCACCGCCACCAACACCGCCACCGCUACCGCCGGUACGACCUCUACGAGCGAGACGGCCUUUAAGCGGGGCGAUGGUGGUGUGUCGAGUGCGGAUGUGGCGAAUAAUGGGGUGAAUGAGGUGCAGCGGGGCAUGGACGCUCUCAGGCGGUAG